AUGUCGGCUUUUCUGCAGUCUCAUGACGGCCCCAACGCAGUGCCCGCACACCUCCGCAGAGGCCGAUCUUUGCUGGUGUUAACCCAGGACAAUCAGUAUAAACUAUCUGCCCCACCAGCUGAUCCUCAUGGAGCUCGCUCACCCUCCAGGGACCCAUGGACAUCUGCUGCAGUUUCGCCGCACUCUCCCGGAUCGCAAGCUUCAAAGAGAGUGAUGCCCGACAUGGAGACCUCACAGGACCAAACACCCUCUUUUUUCUCUGGCCAGGGUCGUAUGCCAAUGGGAUCCCGCCCAGUCAAGCGCUUUAGCUUCCGUGUAGGGGCAGGCCUCACCAUCGACGCGCGUAGCAGGCAACUCUCUCGACGUCUCUCCUCCUUCGGAAUGACAGAAGGAAAUAUCUUUGGGAGUUUGGCUCCCGGAGUCCACACAGAGGCAGGAACCUCUACAGAUGUCGUUCUCAAGGAACAAGAGGCAGAUGCAAAGUUGCAUCUCCACUCGGCGGACCUCUUUGAACGGUCUUCCCCCUUGCAGCGUCUCCGCCGUGCGUGGCGCUGCACGCUCCCCUCUGCCCUUGAUACUCAGCAGUUUAGUUUGGUGGAAUCGGAGUGUCCGGUGGAUCAUCCCUCACUAUGCCAGUCCCCCGAACUACAGAAACAAUUGAAGACCUUCUUUCCAGCUACGUUUGGAAAGAAGUACGUCGAGCUUGUUCCCAGUCUUUACAGUGGCGCGCCUUCCCCCAGAGAACCCCAGGAACAUACCCUAUCCAAGGCUCUAAGGAUCGGCAUUGUCCUAAGUGGGGGCCCCGCACCUGGGGGCCACAACGUCAUCUCCGGCCUCUAUGAUUUCGUUAAGCAAAGGCACCCAGAGUCGAUGCUUGUUGGAUUCAUGGGAGGCCUAGACGGUGUUAUGAAUCAAAACUACACGGUCGUCACGGAGGAGCUGAUGGAGGACUUUAGGAAUCAAGGAGGCUUUGAUAUGCUUUGGUCUGGCCGCGGCAGAGUUGGGGGAGAGGAGGACAUCCGGAGAGCUAGGGAGGUCUGCGAAUCCUUGGAGCUCCACGGUUUUGUGUUGGUAGGAGGUGACGGAUCGAAUAGUAAUGCAGCGUUGCUGGCCGAGUCGUUUGAGACGCACUUGCCGAGCUGUUGCGUCAUCGGUGUUCCAAAGACCAUUGAUGGAGACCUCAAGAACGCCAUGAUCGAAGCAUCUUUUGGCUUUGAUACUGCAGCUAAAACGUACUCCGAGCUCAUUGGGAACUUGUGUAUCGACGUGAACAGCUCUCAAAAGGUUUAUCAUUUCGUCCGCGUUAUGGGCCGCAGCGCUUCACAUCUUGUUCUGGAGUGCGCCAUGCAAGCCAGACCCAAUCUUGUCUUUAUUGGGGAGGAGGUGGAGAGGGAGAAUAUGUCACUGGAGCGCAUCGUCCAGGAGCUUGUAGAUCUCGUUGUCAAGAGAGCGGAUCAGGGGAAGAUGUACGGUGUUAUUUUGGUGCCUGAGGGUCUCAUUGAAUUUAUACCUGAGAUGAAACAACUAAUCAGCGAACUCAAUGCUGUCCUCAGGACGGAAAGCGUCUUCAAGCCAGAGUUGCUUAAGACGACCCGCGCUGUUUGGGACUUUCUGCCAGAUGUGAUUCAAGAACAGCUGUUAAUGGACAGGGAGAGCACCGGAUAUAUCCAAGUUGCGAAGAUUGCGACUGAGCGUUUGCUCAUUUUGUUGCUGGAAAACGAGCUCAGCAAGCAGGGGAGAGACCCCGAACUGUGGAGCUUCAUGCCGCACUAUUUUGGUUACGAAGGUCGCUGCGCUAUGCCUUCCAACUUCGACGCCAAUUACUGCUACUCCUUGGGUUUCGUUGCGGGAGUUCCCUUUACGUCCAUGAUGUGCGUCAAACAGGACGCCAAGGGUGUUGCUUUCCCGGCAAUCACGCGAUCUCUUGUUGAUUUGGAUGGCCCUCUCUUUAAAGUCUUCUGCGAGGCGAGAGAGCACUGGAAGUUCGGAGAUUACUACAGAGUGCCAGGGCCGAUCCAGUUCGAGGGCCCCACAGCAGAUGAGCCAGCAUACGCUGUCUCGAUCCCCACUAAAGAUGAGCUUUUGCAUCAGACAGAGUCUAUCUGUCAUAUCGGAGUUGGAGGCAGCGUUGUCAAGAGUUUUGGAUUCCUGAGUGCUUUACAACGCGAGCGUUUGACGCACCGGCCACCUGUGCCUCCUCUGUGUUUGGACCCCAAGUGCAAGGCGCGCCCAACCAAGCAGGUGUUAUGCAAAGAUCCAUAUACGCAGCGGCAGGUGUUGAUGCAUUAUCCUUACCUUGCAAACAGCACCUUGUUUUAUCUUCACGAGGUGGCGCACGACAAGUACACUCCGCCUAUCAGCUUCGGUCUCAGGGUUGGGUUUGUACUAAUCUCCCGACAGAGUCCUGGCGUCAUGAAUGUCUUGUGGGGGCUUCAUGAGCGGCUGAAGAUGGUGCAGGGCAAGUGUUUAGCUUUUUUCGGUCUUAAUGGCUUGAUCGAAAGGCGAUAUAUGGAAGUAACAGAUGAAAAUUUGGAGCUCUUUCUAAAUCAAGGCGGCUGCGAGUUGACCGGCCGCAGCACCUCUCACUCUCUUGGAGCUACCGAAAACCAAGAAUCUGUGCGCCAGAGCUGUGAAGAGCUGAUGCUGGAUGGCCUGGUGAUGCCAGGCUCUGCUUUCGCCAUGUCUGAGGCGGCACUUCUGGCUGAAUAUUUCCUGGCUCGGCAGUGCAGAACUUCUAUUAUUGGGAUACCCGCAACGGGCAGCAAUAAUCUCACCGGCGAAUUUAUUGAGACAUGCGUUGGUUUCGACAGCAGUACGAAGGUCUACGCGGCUCUUAUUGGAAACGUUCUCACGGACGCCGCUUCGAUGCCUAAGUACUGGCACUUCAUUCGGCUUAUGGGCAGACAGCCCUCCUUCGAGGUCUUGGAAUGUGCACUACAAACGCAUCCUAAUGUUGUCAUUAUUGCGGAGGAGUACGGGGCAGCAGAUAAGACGCUUCUUCAUGUAGUGCAGGAUAUAGCGGACGUGGUCUGUCGACGGGCUGAUUUGGGCAGAAAUUUUGGAACCGUUUUGAUUCCGGAUGCCCUUUUGAUGCAUUUGCCCAACAUGAAGAUCCUCUUGGCAGAACUUCGCCGAAUUAUCAGAGAGGCACAGGCAAAGGGAGAAAUGCGAAAGGCACAGGUAAUGAGUCAACAACUCAUGGACGUGGAUAGCUGGGAGAACAAUGACCCGGAGAGUUGGAACUGGAGGCUGACGCCCUGGAGUGCCGCCCUCUUCAAAACCUUUCCUAAAUUCAUUCGCAGGGAACUUGUGCAAGUGGACAUGGGCGAGAUCCGUUUCGAACGGUUAGAGACAGAAGAACUACUGGCACAGAUGGUGAAAGAGGAGUUGGAGUAUCGUGCCUCCGUGGGCCGCUAUUCUGGAAAAUUUCAGGCUGUCACCCACUUCUUUGGAUACCAGGGUCGCUCUUCUAUGCCUUCAACAUUCGACGCCAACCUAGCAUUCGCCUAUGGGAAUCUUGCGUCUAUUUUGGUGGAGUCCGGCGUGACGGGGCACUGCUGCAGCAUUCGUGGGUUGUGUGGCAACCCAAAAGAAUGGCACUUAGGAUCUGUCCCUUUUGUCUCCCUCAUGCGCCUCGUGCCCAACGUACAAGACAACCCGACCCUUACCGCUGCAAUCCAAAAGAAAGGUGCUGCAGCAGAGGGAAUCGUUGAUAGAACUUCCAGGACCCCAAGUGUUACCGAACAACCAGUUAUUCCCAGCUCGGAAGUUAGCCUUGAGGGCAAGGCUUACAGGUGGAUGAAGACUGCCUUGGAGCAAUGGAUGAUGGAGGACCGAUUCUGUAACCCGGGGCCAAUCCAAUUCUAUGGCGUUGGCUCAACUUUCUAUAACAGGGUGCUUUAUGAGGAACAGGCAGAAUACUUUGACAUGGUGCGUCGUGUGGAAUGCUACACCAACAUUCUGCGCAAUACCUGCAGCUUCGGGGUGUCUGACCACAUUCUAAAGCACGCAUUUGUGUCCUUAACGGGGCUACUCAUGCUGGUCUUUCAUUCGGAUGAACUUACAACGAGGAUGCCGGCUCUUGGCCAAAGUGACGAAAAGGACUUUACCGAAGUAGAUCCCGCAGCAUUCAGCAAACCAACGUGGAAGCAACAGCACGAGGCCAUCGCUUCCUCAUCACCCCGAUCUGUUCCUUACCUUGGGGAUGGGAAGAGGCCGUCCGCCAGCUAA